UACACGCUUAAAAUGGAUACUAUGUGUAAGCGUGUGUGUCUGUUUUGGAGUUUGAAACGUUUAUACAAAUGAAAACAACGGCCAGAGAGCCCGGUAGGUGGUUUCCCAUGAACUGUCAUCGUACAGUAAGAUGACGUUUCCCAGAGGGUCACAUGAUUCGUCUCUUACAGUAAAAACCCAGUAUGGCAGAGAUGGCAGGUCUUGCACGGUAACUAAAGCAACACUUUCUACAGCACUCAGCAGGUCGAUUUUUGGCGACCGACAGUAGACAUGAGGGAAAGACAGAAGAAGAAAAAGGGGAGGACGUGGGCAGAGGCCGCCAAAACGGUGCUUGAGAAGUACCCCAACACACCGAUGAGUCAUAAAGAGAUCCUGCAAGUGAUUCAGAAAGAAAGGCUUAAGGAGAUAAGUGUGUCGUCGCCUCUUGCCUGUCUCAAUGCCAUGCUCCAUACAAACUCACGCGGAGAGGAAGGGAUCUUCUACAAGGUCCCCGGCAGAAUGGGAGUCUAUACACUGAAGAAGGACAUUGGAGAUGUGGUGAAGGAACUGUCAGAUGAUGCUUCAGAGGAAAGCAGUGAUAACAUGUCUGAUACCCAAAGCACAGAAAAUACCAGCACCACUACCUAUAGCAAAGAUGGACGCAGAGGAAGGUGGAAGAGGAGAGUGCCAGCAAAACUGCAAUCUCAGCCAUCCUCACCACAGUCUCGCUGUUCAUCUCCGUCAGUCUCCAGCAGCAAACUCAUGUCCCCAUCACAGAAACACAGCAAGAAGGCCUUAAAACAGGUACUGCCUUGCACUUAUUUGUCUUGGAAGGAGAGGUUGUCAGAGGGUGAGUUCACACCAGAGCUGAGACUGAGAAUGCGGCAAGAAAUUGAGAAGGAAAAGAAGGUGGAGCUUUGGAAAGAGCAAUUCUUUGAGAGUUACUAUGGUGAACAAUCUGGACUCAGUAUAGAGGAAUCCAGAGAGCUGACAGAGGAUAGGAGUGUUCCUGAACCAGCUAAAAGCACAGUCCUAUCAGAAAAGCCAGAGACUGUCAAAGAGUCUCAGAAGGUAAACCCAGUGACAGAGGUCAUCCACAUGGAGUUGAGAUCCAGAGAUGUGAAAUCAACAGUACCACAUGUCUCACCUGAAGAGCCAGUCAAACCUCCUGCUCCAGAGCAAUCACGUUUAUCCUUAGACACGAGGAAGGAUGCAGAGGAAGAACUGAUUCCAGAGUCCUCUGUUCAAAAAGCAGUGGAGCCCAAACCUGGCAGUGAAAAAGCACUGGAGAAUGAGAUCACAUGUAAGACCCCAACAUCUCCUUUAGAAGCAGUGGUCACCUGUUUGAAAGGAAAGGAGACACAGACCCCUAAAGAUGAAAGUCUCGUUGGUGAGGCUGAACAAACAGUAAUGGACAGGAAUAAAGCUGGAUCACCAGUAACUGUUGUCACAUCUGAGCCUCUAAAAAGAAAAGUCUCUAGUGAACAGGAUACAGAGCUCAGAACAGAGAAGAAGCCCCGUGUCACUUCAUUAGGAGCAUCAUUCACAGUGACAGCUAAAGAAAAAGUAGAACAGAGAGUACCUCCUCUCAAAAUCUCAGUGUCAAGAAUUUCAUCUGCCCCUGCGUCUACUGAACAGGUAUCUCCAAGGACUCCCGUUCCCAUUCCACUGACACCCCCUAGCGUUCGACCCGGUCGCACAGGUGCUCGCACUCUAGCUGACAUCAAGGCAAAAGCACAGUUAGCACGUGCACAGCGUGCUGCAGCAGCAGCAGCCAGGUCAUCUUCCUCAAUGGGAACCGGCUCAGUUGGAGUUACCUCGACACCCUCUCCAGCUCGGUCCCUGUCUGAAGAUUUUUCACCAGCAAGCAGCAGAAGUCAAUCUGUGUCGCCAAUAAAGUUAAACUCUGGAUCUCCAGCUCCUGAAGGCACAGUGACUCUCUUACAAACCUCUCCUUCCUCAGGUUCCACUGGACACUCAGACCCUGGUCUUGCACAAGCCUUCAGUGCAAGCCAGGGAUUUUUAAAAGAGAAUUGCUCUUCGAUGGGGUUGCAAACCACUCUGUGUACGUUGAACCCAACAGGCAAGGAUCAGCAUAACCUCCUCAGUCCUGGGGGAAUGCUAGCACCUUCAAGUCAGGCAGGAAAUGUGACUGCCUUGAAUACAAUAGCACAAAACCAGAGACCAGAGCAGACGCCUUUUUCAGGAGCGUCAGUGACCAAGCCUAGCUCUUCAAUCCCAGCAAAUAAUCCUCUGGUCACCCAGCUUCUUCAAGGUAAAGAGGUCCCCUUAGAAAAUAUCCUCCCAAAGCCACUAGCCAAGGUGGAGGUUCAAUCUGUGGCCAUUUCUGCCAGAGAUAAAGGGACUCUUGGUACCACCACUGCUGGGUUGAAAACGAACCAAGAGGAUGCCAACAAACUUGGGAACCAAGUUCCUUUUGGCCCAUCAAUGAUGCAAGCCAGAAGUGUGGACAAGUUGGUCAAAGUUGACACUCAGGACCAGAUGCUCCAACCGCUAAGGGACAAAUGCGAGCAGAAGAACACCAUCUCCAACUGUCAACCCUCCCAAUUUCAGUCCUGUCAGUUAGGUCACCUAGAGGGUAGCCAUGACCAGAGUGUCCAUCUCGGCAUCUUUGGACGGAAAAGGUUAUCCAAGCCAGCUAUGACAGGACACUACCUCCUCAAUGUCUCCACAUAUGGUAGAGCAUCCGAGAGCAGCAAACGGCCCCACCUAACUAAUAAUACGAGCAUUGCCCUCGCCAACCUGAAGAAGGAGAAAAUCGAAGCAGAGGAGAGUGUGAAAGGGAAGACGGAGUCAUUUGCAGGGUCUCAUACCACCUCUCAAGGACACCUGAAUUUUCCAAGGGUAAAAGUGGAACAGCAGGGAUGUGUCAUAAAUAAAGCAGAUGAUGGUUUGACACCCCAACUCUGCUCUGAUAUAAAGUCUGAAUCUCCAUCUCUGAGUUGUUUGUCCAGCAAAGACGAAGGCAACACUUCUCUUAGAACCAAAGAAACAUGCUCAAGAGCGCAGCUUGAUAUGUGCAGCAGUAUACAGGGUAAAACAGAGCCAUAUCAGUUAGGUGACUGUCACCAACGCACGUUCUUGUCUCAGAAAGCACAUAAUGGACCUCAGUAUGGUGGCACUAUCAGCAUGUCUGUCCCUCAUGCACUGAACCACAGCAUGGCUGACACUCCAACUUCUCCCACUGUGUCCUGCAGUGGUGAUGGUGAAACGGCUGCUGGAGGAAUGAUGUCUUUUUCCGUCACUGUCACUGCCAUACCUGCCGGUCACCUACUGGAUCAGAACAGUCAGGGUGAAACCUCACCUGAGCAAGCCUUCAUAGAAACCUCUGCAAUGGAAGACGUCCAAUCAAAGUGCUACUGUCGGCUAAAGGCCAUGAUUAUGUGCAAGGGAUGUGGUGCAUUCUGCCAUGAUGAUUGCAUUGGUCCAUCCAAACUAUGUGUCUCGUGUUUGGUGGUACGAUAAUGGUCAUGAGGAUGAACUGCAACUUGUUCAUUCAUUCAUUCAAAGAGAAGCAAUCACUGCAGUGAGGGUAACAGAAAUGUUACGACAGUACAGCAGUGACUCUCUCGCUGUGGUAACCUGUUCAUGUAUCCGUUGUCAUUUGAGAGAGGCAAGCUGUUGUGCUGAAUGGGGGAAACUCACAAAGAAUGAAUUGUGCCUGCUAAUAGUGCUGCUUAUUUGCACGUACUUUCUGCUUUGUUUUAGCGGCUGAUUCAGGAGUUAUGCUAAUCAGGUAACAUGACCAGCAAGCCUGUGUUAUUCUUGCAAGUCAGUUUUGAGUACUUAGUUGUGGCGAAUGCAGCAGACUACCGUGAUCUGGCAUGCUUUACUGGGACUGUUUAGUAUGGCUGCAGUAAUGCAAUCCAGACACCUGAAUCGGCUCUUUAAAGUGCCGAAAGUGCGCUCGACUACACCGUAUGUCUGGAUAUGUACACAUGCUUUUCAUUUGCAGUUUGAGCGCUUUAAGCACCUGGUUAAACUGGAUUGCCGGUGCUUAGUAGAGACACCGCAGGUUUUUGCGCUGAAAUGCAGAGUGCAAAAGUGGCACAACUGUUUAAUGAUUUCGCCCCUUUGUUUUUCUUUACAAUACAAACAUAAAUAGCAUGCUAGAAGAUGAGGUAUAAAAAAAUGUGCAAUGCUGAGUAAUACUUCCUCUCAUUCAUUGAGCACCUUGUUUUAGCCUCAAGACUCGAUAUUGAAUAGUGGCAAUAUUUAAGGCUUGUUCUAUUUCUGUUAUAUUUUUGUAAUAGAAUUUUAGAAAUGCAAAUGAAUAUACUACUAUUUUUAUAGAUGUUAAAAAUCAUGAUUCCUUCCAACCCUCAAAUUUCGUAUCUUUUACACAUAAUUCACACUAGUUUGCUGGAUUAUAAACCGAUAACAUCAAUAUUUAGUCUUUGCAUAUCCGGUAAAGCUAUUUGUUGGUUGGUUUAAGCCUUUGUGACACAAGCAAAAGAACCACACAACUGAAAUACCAAUUAUUUUGCAGAAUUACUGUGAAUAUGUAAACCUAAUAUAUUAACCUGCCUUGAUACUAGGUUUAUAUGGUACCGUUCAAAGUUAUUUAUGAGAUAGAAGGGAGUUUUGUCAAAUAUGUUAACAGGCUAGCACUUCUCUUAGAUCAGUGGGUUUUACUUGAGAGAAGAAUGUAAGAACAGGUUUAUACUGAUAAUGGCAAUAAUUUGUAUAUUUACAAUAUUUAUAAAAUUGAGAGCAUUAGUCCCUUACAUCUCAUUUUCUUCAGAAAAAAGGAUUUAUUAGGGUUGCACUUUUUUAUGUUCAGAAAAUGACUUCGCUAACGAUCUAUAUCUUUAAAAAAAAAAAUGAUGAUUUGCAAGGAUGAAAGAAUUCUUAAACAAUCUGUUGUACCCUCUCAGGAGCAAAAGCAGGUCUUAAUCAUUUCAAUAGCCUGUGUCUAACCAGUUUACGUCACACAAGUGACAUUGCCUCUAAUUGGAAUAGCAGAUACUCUCUGUAACCUUAGUUGUUAGGAAUAGGAAAAUAAUGCAGAGUAUCAACAGCAAAACUAUAUGAGCAAUGAAGUUAAACACUCAGAA